CAGUCACGUACUUCAGAAAUGGAGGCCAAGAGGAACUGUAGCAGUAUUCCUGGUGAGAUGGAAGAGGAGGAAGAAGAAAAGGUUCUUAAGAGGAGAAUCUCCACACAUCCUCUCUAUGGGAGGCUUGUUCAGAACCACUUGGAUUGCCUCAAGGUUGGUGGCGUUGGCAUGAGCAUUGCAGAUCAGAGAAAUCAGAGGAUCAUAAAAGUUCAAAGCAAAGCUGAUUACAGUCCUUGUUCUAGCAUGCUGAAGCAGUCAGAGUUAGACAUUUUCAUGGAAGCAUACUGCACAGCGCUUAGCAAGUUAAAAGAAGCAAUGGAGGAGCCUCAGCAAGAAACAAUAGCCUUCAUAAGUAGCAUGCAUUCACAACUAAGAGAACUCACCACAGCUAAUAAUCCACAACCUGCUGAUGCAGUUUUUGCAGCAGAAAUGACUGAUUUCAAGUGGAGUGAUGACCAACAGAAUGCAGACUAGCUCAUCCAAAAACAGUAACUGUAGUGGUUUUUCUUCAUGACAUAAAAUAUGUAACGUGGUAGGACCAUCAUAUUCUAUGCCUUCGAACUACUGCAUUUUCUUAAUGGUAGAAGUACUCCUGUUAUCUAUAAUUUUAUUU